AACGGGAAAAAACUCGGAGUGCGGGUGUUGGUGAUAGGGCAAUACGAACUCAGAAGACCGAAGAAAGAUCGUGAGACGAUGGCCGUUGCUAUGUUGGAAGAGGAAUCCGAAUCCCUGAACCCCUUCCAGGCUCUCUUCCGCCGGCGGCGCAGAGUAUUCUCUCAGGCAGUGGUGUAUGACCGAAGGGAGCCCUGGUGGAUAAAAUUGUCAAUGCUGCCUCUCUUUCUGUCUCUGCUUAGGCACACUAGCACCACUCUCCCCUGCCUGGCCAUCAAUCAACCAUUCAGGUUCAUGCGGAUGGGUUGCAUGAGUAGGUGCAAGGAUUGUGAGAUAUAUGAUGAUCCUUGGGUCGCCCCUCCUAAAACCUGUUUCCACAAGGAUAAAGCCAAGAAGGUACGAAUUUGUGACGAGCGGUGGUGCACGUGCAAGUGUCACCACAAAAGGCGUUGAGAAAGCAAACGUGUGAUCUGGGGAGGGUUUGCAUUUCUUUGGAAUUGGUUGGGGAAUGUUACAAAUGCAAAGAGAGAGAGAGAGAGAGAUUCUCAUAGGCAUUCAAAUAUUAUUGAAAGUAGCAUGGCUACAUUAGCUGAAGCAUACCAGCAAAAUCAAUAAAGUUUUAAUAAGUGCACGUGUUAUGUUUGAAAA